AUGACUUUGGAGGGGGCUGGGCCUUUACAGGAUCUUUACAACUUGACAAGUAAUGCUGUAUGGACGCAUUUCUUGACCGGAUUCAGCAGGGAACGCAACGCCAGAUUCCACAUCAAGCACGAAAAGUCCGUCCCUCUAUUCAACACCUCGACCAGCUGUCCUGCAAGUGCCCUCAACGCAGCGCCGCUCAACGCAUCGCUCGCCGUCGAUGUGGGCAUCUGGGUGCAGGCGGGCGUCGAGACCGGCUUCAAUUUGAGCGGCUUCUUCCCUUUGAUCGUCACGAAUUUUAUGCUGCAUGCUGAUAUGAAUGCGACCUUGAAUGGCUCCGUGCACGUCCGAGCCGAUAUCGAAGGCAGCCACGACUCCGGGCGCAUCUCGCUUCUCUCGCGCGUGCCGAUCCCGGGCGUGAAUAUCGUCAUACUAGGGGUAGCGAUGAUUGGGCCCUCGUUCGAGGUCCUGGGAGAACUCACGGCGGACCUUGCGCCCGCGCUCGACCUCAACGUCGGCCUCGUGUACACGGCGCAGAAUGUGCACUUUGUAUUCCCUCUGAGCUACGGGCCCAGCACUGGGACGUUCGCUCCGUCCGAUAAAAGCCUGGCCGUCUCCGCCGGCUCGAUGUUGAACGCUAACGCUAACAUCACCGCGCACGUCAUCCCAAGGCUCGCGUUCGGCAUCUUCACCAACCUAUUCAACACGUCGGCGUCCGUCUCCCUGGAGCUCGACACGUUCGCGACGCUCGACCUGCAGGGAAACGUCCCGCACGCGGCGAGCGCAACAGGCUGCGCCGGCCCCGGUGCGCCCCCCGCGCUGCCCGUUCAAGGCUGCGUCGACGUCAGCACGGGGUUCGACGCCAACGGGGGCGCGGACGCGAAUUUCUUUGGCCUGUUCGACAAGGGGGGGCAUGUGACCCUGUACAAGAAGAAGUUCGAACUGUUCAGCGUGAGCGCCGUCUCUGCCAUCGCGAGAGACUCGCAUCGCGCACCGCUGACGAGCCCCGUUCUCCCGCGCCCCGCGUUCUUCUAG